AUGUCUUUUGGUCAAGUUAAAAAGGAAAUAAAAGAUAAAAUAUCUCAUACUUACUCUUUAUGUAAAUUAAGUGAUAUGCCAGAGGAUGACAUGAAACAAGAAACAAUCGAUUUGUGUGUGACGGCUACAGAAAAAUAUCAAAAUAAUUAUGAGCAUGCAGCUAAAAUGAUAAAACAAAAUUUGGAUAAAAAAUUCGGCGGUCCUUUUCAAGUUGUUGUCGGCGAGUCUUAUGGUUUUUAUGUUGUCCAUCAAGAAAAUACACUUUUAUAUAUGUUCACAGGUGGUAAUAUUGCUAUACUUAUAUGGCGGACUGUUUAG